GACAGUUUCAUUGUCGUGUCAGUCAAGUUUACGGGUCGGGCACGGGUUUGCGCCCAGGUGCGGCUGUGUGUGUGAUGUGUCUGUGCCCACGGCACGAUGAGAGACUGUGGUAUACUCAUAUUUAACUGCACUCGACGCCUCUGCCAUUGGAUAUAUUCUGGGAUUACGUUUAUUAUAUUUUGCUGCAAUGGGAACAAGGUAUCCGACAGCUCGGAGACCCGUCACAUCACGGUGGGCGAGGUGGACUUGGCGGACAGGAGGAAGCAUAACAAGAUCAAGACCUCCAAGUACACCCUCCUCACGUUCAUACCCAAGAACCUGUCCGAGCAGUUCCGCAGAGUGGUCAACUUUUAUUUCUUGAUUGUCACAGUCAUUGCAAUAGUUAUCGACAGCCCCGUGUCGCCGAUGACAAGCGUCGCGCCGCUCACUUUCAUGGUGUUCGUGACAGCUGUGAAGCAAGGCUACGAGGAUUGGCUCCGGCACAAGGCAGACAAUAAGGUCAACAACCAAAACGUGGAAAUAAUCCACAAUGGCGUUGUGAAGGAGGUCCGUAACUCGUCCAUCGCUCCCGGCACGCUGGUUAGAGUGAAAAGAGGAUGCGAGGUUCCAGCCGACCUGGUACUGCUGUGUUCAGCGGGUUCAAAGGGGAAAUGCUAUGUGACAACUGCCAAUUUGGAUGGAGAAACCAAUUUGAAAACUUUAAGGGUACCGCCGCCGCUGGUUGGCUGCAGCUCAGACCUUUUGCCUCCAGGGAUGAACAUAACGGUGCCAAACCCUGAAGCCAAUUUAUACCGUUUUCACGGAUCUCUAACAGUCCCUGGACACGAACCCUUGACCCUUUCUACUGACAACCUAAUGCUGAGGGGGUCCAGAGUGAAAAAUACGGAAUGGGCCAUCGGUUGCGCUGUAUAUACAGGGGAGGAAACGAAAUUGGCGUUGAAUUCAAAAUUCACAAGUAACAAAUUCUCAUCAUGCGAGUUGGCAGUCAACGCCUUCCUCGCAUUCUUUAUACUGCUGCUUCUUGUAGAGGUCGCGGCAUCCAUGGCCGCCAAGAUAAUUAUACAAAGGAAAAACCCCGGACACAUCCUGUACUUGGGCGUGUAUACAGAUUAUUCUAAAGUGAAACACGUCCUGCAAGAUUUGUUUUCGUUUCUGUUGCUGUACUAUUACAUUAUACCGAUGUCGCUGUAUGUUACUAUCGAACUUUAUAAGUUUAUUGGUGCUCUUUAUUUCGGUUGGGAUAAAGACCUUCAAUGCGAAGAGACUGGCAAACCGGCCGUAGCCAAUACAUCCGACCUGAACGAAGAGUUGGGCCAAGUGGAGGUGUUGUUCUCUGACAAAACUGGCACUCUAACCAAAAACCAGAUGGUUUUUAAAGCCUGCUCCAUCAGGGGACACGUUUACGAAGAGAGGGACUCGGUGUUGUACGACAUGGAGAGGUCAGAAGAAGCGAAUGUUACACAGACAGACGUCAAAUUCUUCUUCACGAUUCUCGCUCUUUGUCACGGCGUACAAAUAUCAAAUGAGGAUUUGAUACAAUUGAACGAUCCAUUAGCGAACAAGAAUCAACUGAAGAUAAAGUUUUUUGGAAAGAAAAAGACUAAUAAAAGUUCAUCUCAACUGCAAGGUAAUACUGAGGAGGCAAAUAAUGUUGAAAAUGGCUUGCAAAAUGAAAACAAUAAAAUAGAAUAUCAAGGUAGCAGUCCAGAUGAAAAAGCUUUGGUUGAGGCAGCGUACAGGUUUGGAGUGGCCUUCUGGGGCGAACAGGGAAAUGACUUAUUGGUAAAAAUUGGUACCGAGAUAGAGAUGUACGAGAAAUUGCAAGUAAUCGAAUUCACUUCUGAACGCAGAAGGAUGUCCGUUAUAGUCAGAGAUAAAGACGGGAAGAUAUGGUUAUUUUGUAAGGGUGCCGAAAGUGCUGUUUUACCACUGUGCAAAGACUCCGUCAUAAUUGAAGACGUGAAUAGAGAUAUAGAUACAUUCGCUAACAGAGGUCUUAGGACUUUAGCUGUUGCAUACAGGACAAUAUCGCAAGAAGAAUAUGCCAGAGUUGCUGAAUCAGGACAAAAUACAGAAGCAUCGAGUGCAAGUACCUUGGAACAAAUAACAAAAAGGUAUAGAAAGUUUGAGAGCGAUCUAACACUGAUUGGUGCAACCGCCGUCGAGGACUGCCUGCAAGAUGAUGUGGUGGACACGUUAGCUGCUUUGAGGAGAGCCGGGAUUAAGACAUGGGUUUUGACUGGAGAUAAGGUGGAGACAGCCAUAAAUGUGGCGCAGUCGUGCGGGCACAUAUCUGAAAACGAUAGGAGAAUGUUCCUUAUCGGAGUCACGAUGGAUUCUGUCGAUGUUCAUUUGGAGCAAUGUAGACGUAUCAUAAGUGAACAAAGCUACAAGGACUUGACGCUAGUCGUGGAUGGAACAAGCGUAGGCGCCAUAUUGGGCACGCCCUCGGCUCAUAUCUUCGCAGAUAUAUCUAUGAAGUGCGAUGCUGUGUUAUGUUGCAGAUUGUCUCCCAUACAAAAGGCGGAGAUAGUGAAAUUAAUAAAACAUUGUCCUUCGCACCCAAUCACAGCUGCAAUUGGAGACGGUGCAAACGAUAUAUCAAUGAUUCAAGAAGCUCACGUCGGCUUUGGUAUUUUCGGAAGGGAAGGCCAUCAAGCUGCUAGAUGUGCCGAUUUUGCAUUUACAAAAUUCUCAAUGGUGAAGAAAAUACUCUUAGUAUUGGGUCACUGGUAUUAUCAAAGAUUAGCGACCUUAAUACAUUACUUUAAUUAUAAGAAUUUAGUCUUCGGAAAUAUUAUGUUUUUCUUUCAAAUAAACAACGGGUUUUCCACACAAUCGAUAUACAACUCGAUGUACCUGACUGCGUACAAUUUGAUAUUUACGUCGGUGCCGUGCCUGAUACUCGCGGUCACUGAACAGAGGUGGCCCGCCUCAUUACUGCUGCAGAACCCUACAUUAUAUCGAGAGAUCAGUCGAAACAAACUGAUGACGUGGAGCAAUUUUUUUGUGUGGGUCCUGUCUGCGUGCUACCAUUCAGUCAUCAUUUAUAUGUUCACGCUGUUGGUCUUCACAAGUUCGGUCAUCAGUGAAGAUGGAAAAAACAUUGACUUAACGUCAUACGGAGCAGCACUGUUCCACUUAACGAUAAUGGUGGUGAGCCUCAAGCUGUGGCUGCAGGCGCGCUAUCACACUGUCCUCUUCGUGAUCUCCAUACUGCUCUCUAUUUUAGUCUAUGUUGCGUUCGACUCCGUUUACGCAACUGUUUCAAUACCAUCAGACGCCGACCCUAUAGGGACGUACACAAGACUGUUAUCGUCUCUCUCAUUCUGGUUGCUGAACUUACUGGUGGUGGCGGCGUGUCUAGCGCCUGACUUCUGCGCUCGCCUCAUAUCCGACAAGUGGGGCAAGAGGCAGCUACCUAGCAUGCAUUUUAUGCAGGAAAUUUUUGUGACCAGAUUAUGAGCUAAAAGUUCAUUAAACAAUAUAUUCCAGAGGCCUUUAACCUUUAAAAAAAGUAUAUAUGUACUUUCAGACAUUGCCCAUAGUUAUUAGCUGCUCUCUUAUUUUGGAGUGGGCAUUAGACAAUUCUAGUGUGGGCAAGGCCCACCCGGCCUCCCUUUAAAUAUACUUAUGUGAACUAGAAACAUAAUGACGUGCUGUUUUACAGAUUAAUAUUUGUUGAAAAAUAUUAUUCUUAUUUAGUACCUGUCUCUUGAAAUAUUUUUUUUUUACGUGUAAACAAAUUAGGCAAAGGAACUUUGUGCAUAAUUAUAUUGUUUUAAACGAUGUAACACGAGCAAAGUUUGUUGUUGGCUGCGUAGUAGCAUAUCACCUAGUAAGUAACUAGGUCUUGUGAUAAUAUAUUAUGACCUUAGAUUAUAUACAUAGAGCAUCGAGCCACAAAAACGGUCAACUUUUUGUCAGCUAAUUGUCAAAUUUUUCUUUUUUCGCUUUUCUCGAAGCAUUUGUAAGGAGGCACUUUAUCUAAAUAAUCUAAGAUUAUGACAUUACAGGGAUAAAAAACGAAUUAAUGAUUACAAAUAUAGAAAUAAAAUUAAUUUAUUUAUAUAAUAGAUUAAUGUACCUAUUGUUACAUAAUGUAAUUAUGUUGAUUUCAAUAUAUGAAAUCAUGAUUUGUGAUAAUAUUGUGAUUGACAAUUAGACUAGUUGUUUACUGAUACAUAUGUUACAAUAUGUGCAAAGAUAAAUUUAUUUUUAUAACUUUAUAAAUUUAUUUUUAUAAGAAAGAAUGAAGAAAUAAAUAAUUUAAUCAAACAAGCAUGCGACUCACACAGUAGCACACAAAACAUGAACAAAACAAACAAAAAAAAAAGCAA